AUGCUGCGAAUCCGAUCGGUUUCAGGUGAAGUCCUCGUUGCGAUUGACUUGGCGAGGUUUAUCGGGGAACUUGCGAUAGAUAGCCACCCUGUCCGGGUUCUGAAGCAGCGCCUGGAAGGUUUGUGCGGGCGGCCAAGAUUCCGACAACGACUGGUCUUCGAUGAUGGCGUAGUGUGGAACGACGAUGACGAGCUCGUCCUGAGAGCAGGCGAAGCUCAACUCUUGCUUCUGAGCUUCAGGCCGGCAUCAGAAGAGCAGGUGCAGGAGCUGCAGUCUGCUGCAGCAAACGGAUUGACAUCCGCCGUGGAGCAGAUUCUGCAAAGACCACAAGACCCAGACUUGGGUCGUCCGACCCCGCUGUUCUAUGCCUCUCGACAUGGUCAUUUGGAGCUGGCUCGCCUCUUAGUGGAGGUUGUGCGCCUUUUGCUGGAGGCCAAGGCUCACCAGGACAAGCCCAAAUACGAUGGUGUCACUCCUUUGUUCGCCGCAGCUCAUGCGGGGCAAUUGGAGGUUGCACGCCUUUUGCUGGAGGCCCAGGCCGACGUAGAUAAGGCCAGGCAGCGCGAUGGCUCGACCCCUUUAUUGGCUGCAGCUUAUGCUGGAAAAUUCGAGGUCGUGCGCCUCGUGCUAGAGGCCAAGGCUGACAAGGACAAACCCGACACUGAUGGGGCCACCCCUCUGUUCGCUGCAGCUCGACAGGGACAAUGGGAGAUUGCUCACCUUUUGAUUGAGGCAAGGGCUGACAAGGACAAGCCCAAGAAUGAUGGCGCCACUCCCUUAUUCGUUGCAGCUCAGCAGGGACAAUUGGAGGUUACACGCCUUCUGCUGCAGACCAAGGCUGACCAGGACAAGGCCAAGCAUGAUGGCUCGACCCCCCUACUGGUCGCAGCUUAUGUUGGGCAACUGGAGGUUGCACGCCUCUUGCUCAAGGCCAAGGCUGACAAGAACACACCCAAAAAGGAUGGCGCUACCCCUUUGUUUGCGGCAGCUCAGAAAGGACAAUCGCAGAUUGCUCGCCUUCUGAUUGAGGCAAAGGCUGACAAGGACAAGGCCACGACUGACGGCGCCACCCCGUUGUUCAUUGCAGCUGCUUUCGAGCAAUUGCAGGUCGUUCAUCUACUCUUUGAGGCUAGGGCUGACACGGAAAACUGCACAUGUACGGGUGCCACCCCUUUGCUCACUGCAGCUGCGGGAGGGCAAUUUGAGGUAGUGCGCCUCUUGCUGGAUGCCAAGGCUGACAAGAACAAAGGCGUGUAUGAUGGCGGGGCUACACCUCUGUGCUUCGCAGCUGAACGAGGCCACCUGCAGGUUGUGCAACAAUUGCUCGACGCCAAGGCUGAUUUCGAGAAGUCGCGGGAUGAUGGCGCCCCCCCUUUGUUUGCUGCAGCCCGAGAGGGUCAAUUGGCGGUUGCACGCCUUUUGCUAGAGGCUAAGGCUGAUAAGGAUAGGGCACAGAAUGAUGGCUCGACCCCUUUGUUCGUUGCAGCUUAUGUCGGGCACUUUGAGAUGACACGUCUCUUGCUGGAGGGCAAAGCUGAUAAGGACAAGCCCAAGAAUGAUGGGGCCACUCCUUUGUUCGUUGCGGCUCAGCAAGGACAGUUGGAGGUUGCACGCCUCUUGCUGGAGGCCAAGGCUGACAAAGACAAGGCGCAGAAAGAGAAAGAUGGUGCGACCCCUUUGUUCGUUGCAGCUUAUGUCGGGCACUUUGAGAUGACACGUCUCUUGCUGGAGGGCAAAGCUGAUAAGGACAAGCCCAAGAAUGAUGGGGCCACUCCUUUGUUCGUUGCGGCUCAGCAAGGACAAUUGGAGGUUGCACGCCUCUUGCUGGAGGCCAAGGCUGACAAAGACAAGGCGCAGAAAGAUGGUGCGACCCCUCUGUUCGUUGCGGCUUAUGUUGGGCAGUUGGAGACUGUGCGCCUUUUGCUGGAGGCCAAAGCAGACAUGGAUAGAGCUACGGAUGACGGCGCCACUCCUAUGAGCAUUGCAAGUCAGAGCGGCGAAAUGCAGGUGGUCCGCCUCUUAAGCGAGGCCAAGGCUGACAAAAGGCCAAGGAUAACGGAAGACUCUGUUUGCUUCGACGCGGAUGGCUGCUUCCUCUUCAACAAGCAGAAAAACUCCGUCGCUGAGCGCUUUGUCCGCGACCAUGUGUGGGGCGUGCUGCUGAACUUGGACCCAGCCAGUCCCAACUGCAACACUGUCAGCCUGUUCAAGGAUGGGCGCAGGGUAUGCAAGCCGCAACCGUUGCCAGAGCAGCUGAAAGGGCACACGCUCUUCCCACAUGUGUCCUUCCGCAACGUCACUCUGCAGGUGCACUUUGGGCCCAUGCUGAUGUCGCCCUUGUCCUUCAAAUGCCGCUCCAUUCAGGAGGCUGCUGCGGAAGACGCCGUGGUGGCUCCGUCCAGCUAUUCUCAGGAUGGGAAGUUUGAGGUCAUCUUCCCUGUCUCUUUGCCGGACGAAGGAACCUUCGACUGGCUCGCAGACUUCCUGGAGCAGCACCCGGGUUACGUGGAGAUCAGUGACCGGAAGAUCGUUGAGUGGGCCACCAUGAGCGGCCUCGGGAAGCCCAGGAUAACUUCCCUGAAGAACAGCAACGACAAGCCCGAUGUGAACUUCGGCAUUCAGGUCAUGGACGAGCUGUCGCCCCGACGGCUUGUCUACGCCGUGGCCCCACUGGUACCGCGAAACUAUGUUGUGAUGGAGGUCCGGUCGAACCUGAUCAAGGCAGAACGCCAGGACAGGGAUGUGACGCUGACUGUUGUGCUGACGAGGGUGGGCCAGUGGCAGGUGUCCCUACAGCUGCUGGCUCCUGGCGUCAUCCUUUGCAGCAGCGCUAUCAGCGCCUGUGACAAAUCGGAGGAGUGGCAGAUCGCCCUGGAUCUUCUGCGGUACAUGAUCCUGGUGCAGCUGCGCCCUAACGUGAUCUCCUUCAACAGCGGGGCCUCCGCCUGUGAGAAGUUGGGGCUCUGGCAGAAAGCUUCGGUGCUUUUGGCAGACCUCGGCACCGCCGGCGGCAGGCCCGACGUCAUAGGCCUUAACGCUGCAAUCAGUGCCUGUGCAAAGGCUGGGUGGUGGCAGCUCUCUUUGGAGCUGCUGGGGAGCAUCGCAACAGUUCGUCUGACCCCGAGCGUCGUCUCUUACAGUAGUGCCAUCAGCGCCUGUGAGAGUGGAGGGCAGUGGGAACGAGCCCUGGCGCUUCUUUUCUGCAUGGGCGAGGCCAACUCCCCGCCGAAUGUCAUAAGUUACAGCGGUGCCAUUUCUGCCUGUGACCGUGGCUGCCGCUGGCAGCUCGCGCUGGAAUUGCUUGAUUGCAUGGAAUUCGCGGCGGUGAGGCGCAAUGUGAUAAGUUACAGCAGCGCCCUCAGUGCCUGUCAGGGCGGCAGUGCAUGGACUGUGGCCCUCGAGCUCCUGGGCGCCAUGGAGCGAGACGCCGUGCUGCCUAACGAGUUCUCUUUCAGCAGCACCAUCAAAGCCUGCGAGCAGAUCGGCCGUUGGGCCCUGGCAUUGAGUCUCCUGCACCGCAUGAUGGGCCUCAAAGUGCGCCCGAAUCUUUUGUGCCUGAACACGGCUAUCAGUGCCUGUGGUGUGGGCGGCCGGUGGUCUGCGGCUGUGGAGCUGUUGGGCGUUAUGGACAGCUUCGCCAUCGAGAGGGAUGUGAUUAGCUUCAACAGUGCUGUGACUGCCUGCGAAGUGGCUGCGCAGUGGGAGCUCGCAGGGUGGCUCCUUUUCCACAUGCAGGUCCUCAGAGUGCAACCGAACACCAUCACCUACAACAGCGUCAUAAGCGCUGCAGAGAAGUCAGGCCAAUGGCAAACUGCCCUCGAUCUCCUCGCGCGUCUUCCUGCCCAGAGGACCCGAUCCGGGCCCCUACUUGGAGGAUCCCACUGGACCUCAUCAGCUUGA